AUGGAUGACCAGCUUCGCAUCCCGGAUUCAAUGGUGGCGUGCGUAUUCAAAGCACCGUCCCACCUGUCCUAUACAUCCACACAAACCCCCAGGAUUUCGGCGGCGAAGUUUCUGAUUCGCGUCCACACCUUGUCCAUCUCACCCUACGAACGCCGUUAUUACAGUUCAGCUACGCCACAUUGUGUCUCUGGACGCACUCCAGGGCUAAGCUUCUGUGGAUCUGUUGUUGCGACCCCGACAAGAGAUCACUGGAGCGCGUCCGGACCCAAGUUCAAGGUUGGUGAUGAAGUUAUCGGGAUCGUCAGAAUUGGACAACCAGGAGCGGCAGCUGGGUACGUGCUUGCAGACGGUGAUGAUAUCGCAUUCAAACCGCCAGAUAUCGGCAUGCUGUGGGCUGCCGACCUGCCUACGCCUGCAUUGCUGGCCUGGGGUGUGCUCUUGCGACUGAGCGACCUGGGCAAUCAACUACAACAUUCACGAGAGCCAUUACAGGUGCGAAUUUCUAUGGGCAAAGAUAGCACUCUACAGCAUUUAAUCGCUGCAAUCCUGCAGCCGGAUUCCAUUUUGGGCACGGAUCAGUUUGUUUCCUCGUGGGCCAGUAAUGCACAAAUUGACGACGACAAAACGUCAACGGUCAUCGUAACAGUGUUUCCACCCGGCCGGGAUGUCCAGGCAAAGGCCGAAACAGAUAGCAGCAAGGCUGAUAUGGCUAUUGACCUUGUUCCGGCGACGAGUCAAAUGUGGAGGGAGAUAUUCCAAGAAAAUGCCACGGAUGCUCCUGAAUCAGAGCUGGAAAAGCCAGACCUACAGGCUAUUCUGAAUAUAUUCACCAGCGCUCUUGAGACUGCCACAUCGGCGACACCCGGCAUGUUCGAUAUUUCGGAGUUACCAGACAGGUGGGAAAAAAACGGCGCAUCUGACCAAGAGUGGCUGCUGGGGGUAACAGAGAGCGCGUAG